AUGGGCUCCAAGGCCAAGAAGCGCGUGGUGCUGCCCACCCGCCCGGCGCCCCCCACGGUGCAGCAGGUCCUGGAGGACGUGAGGGGGGCGCCGGCCGCGGACCCUGUCUUCACCGCCUUGACUCCAGAAGAGCCCGCAGGCCCUUCUGGGAGGGCCGAGGACACUGCAGCACGGCGGGAGCAGCUGUACCAGCAGAGCCGGGCCUACGUGGCCACCAACCAGCGACUGCGGCAGGCCGGCGAGGGGCUGAGGCACGAGUGCGAGGCCCUGCGGCGCGCCGGCGAGGAGCUCGAGCGAGGCGUGGAGCAGGUGGCACGGGCGGCUCUGCCCACGGCCACCCCCUCAGGCUGA